AUGGUGUCCCGAGGUCAUCAGCCCGGCCUGGUCAUCACGCUCUUCGACCAACAGUCCCCAUUCACCGCACGACUUGAAAGCGGAUUUUCUGCAGCAACAAACAUCACCAAGUUCGACCUCACACUCAGUAAUUUCCCGGACGGUACUAUUGGCGAUGCAAUUGUGAAGGAGGGCAAAGUCCGCCGGAUCUUUGAAUCUAUGAUCCAGCUAGAGGUACUGUACCUGGAGCCUCAUGGAAUGCCGAUAUUUUCCACCCUUCCUGUCGAUAUGACGUUCCCCCGCCUGCGAUUUGUUCAAUUCAGCUGCGGGCACUUACACCCCGAGACAUUCCUCGACUUCGUCCGACGCCACGGCCACACGUUGAAGACCCUCAUCAUUGAGCACUGCAGUCUCAGGCCGUAUGAUAAAAAACUGUCAUGGUGGGAAGUCACCAACCAACUGACCAAGUUCCACAACCAAGGUAUCCUUCAGCUGGAGGAAGAUUCCGACAUUAAUGACGUGUUCGAGGGUAUUGCUAUCACCAACUGCGGAAGAAAUGAGACAUUGGAGGAUCUCGGGCAGAUCUGGAAGUAUGAUGAUGAGCACGGGAAGUGGGAUCGCUGGCUGAAUGCGUAUGAAGAGGGAGUCAAUGAGAUGCUGCUGAGUGGCGCUUUCGGCCCUGAUCCGUGA